GGGCAGCGAUCGGGCCAGACAAACAGACUCGCGCGCGCUCAUUGCGGUCCCGUGUGGCGUAUUGCCAUAUCCCUUGUGUACUGUGGCGCAUUGAUUACUCCAAUAAGUGUCAUUUAAAUUUCGCGCUAUUGUCUUAUCAUCAGGAUUAUUCAGAAAGCAACAGUUAUCAGUAUUCAACUGUCAUUCCCCGUAGUUGGUCCAAGUGUUGUUAAUUACUUGGUGAAGGCGGUGAUUCCCAGUGACAUCUGAGUUAGUUUUGUUAUCGACGUGGACACGACGGGGUCAGCGGAAGCCGAGGAAGAAGAGGAGGAGGACUUGAUCCACCCUACUGCGGUGAAAGUGUCCUCGUGAAAUGAUUUGUGAUCAAGUGUAUCAUCCAGAUAGGAACAGGGGCUUUUGCCUCUCCAAUAUAUGUUUCUUGUUUUUAUUAUUGUUGGUCUUGGUCAUUUCUCAACGUGUGGCCCCGGUUUCUUCCUCGCGACUCAGCGGACUUUAUGUGGACAAUGGCUUCGAUCAAACAGUUGUUCAUCGUGUCUUGACGCAACGAGAGAAACGCGAUGUCGAGCAUGAAAUCCUUAAUCUUCUUGGUCUGCCGGACAGACCGCGAAGUGUUAUGGGCAAAACUCCACAGGUCAAAAGGUCGGCGCCAAAGUUUCUUCUCGAUAUCUACAAAAACGCGCUGGGUGAGGACGAAGGGAAACCGGUCGCACCGAGGCUACACCACAACGGGGAGUUCGACCUCACUGGUCAGGAUCUCAGGGCCAUCGACCAGAGCGAUGUCAUCAUGACGUUCGCCGCACACAAUCAUCACAUUCCCGGAGUGCGGCACGAGCGUGGCAAAAGGCUGUGGUUCGACGUGUCUGAGGUGCCACCCGGUGAGCACAUAAUAGGCGCCGAGCUACGACUCUAUCGGAGCAUGGCGAUUAAGCACAGUAGAAAUCGUGGGUCAUUUAUGAUCACAACAUAUAGAGUUUUGCGAGCACCAGAUGGGACUAAAGAGCUGCAAUACAUCGAUUCAGUCAACACGACUACUGGAAAGGAAGGAUGGCUGACCCUAAAUGUCAGUGAAGCACUCCAACACUGGGUAAAUAAUCCAGAAGGAAAUCGAGGACUUUAUCUUUCAGUUCAUCCUGCUGAUCGGUCUGUGCAUGAAAUGAGACCGGAAGACGUUGGUAUCGUUGGAUUCCGUGGAGAUGCCGACAAGCAACCGUUCAUGGUUGGAUUCUUCAAAAGCUCCGGAAUCCGCGAGAAAAAAGUUCGACAGAAACGUGAUGCCAGAAGGCGAAGAAAAAGUGAAUCUUCUACUUUGGACUAUCGAAAUCCGUACACUGAUCCAGCAAUUCAAUACAAUUCUCGAACAUGCAAAAUUCAAACUCUCUACGUCAGUUUUCGAGAUCUCCAGUGGCAGGAUUGGAUCAUAGCGCCGGAUGGCUAUGAUGCUUAUUAUUGCAGCGGUGAAUGUAAUUUCCCGUUGAACGCUCAUAUGAAUGCAACGAAUCAUGCCAUCGUUCAGACACUUGUGCACUUGGUAAGUCCAGGCAAGGUGCCGAAGCCGUGCUGUGCACCUACCAAACUCUCACCCAUCUCCGUGCUCUACUUUACUGACGAAAGCAACGUUAUUCUCAAGAGGUAUAAGAAUAUGGUCGUUAAAAGCUGUGGUUGUCAUUAGGACUAUACAUUAUUAUAUUUAUAUUAAUAACGAAGGUCAAGUAAAUUAGUAUAAAAAUGGAAAAAUACUUUCACAUUGGAUGAAACAUUUGGAAUAUUUAUGAGUCUCUAUUACAACAUGUAUGGAUUAUUAUUGAUGGAUAAAAAAAAUUGAUGUGACGUUAAUGAAGUUUCUACUUGAUGUCUUAAUCAAUAACAAUAUGUGAAAAUGGAAAAAUUACUGGUUGUCAAGUGUGUAAUAUUUAUUGGACUUAACUAUUGAUAUUUUCCAAUUUUCUCAAACAUAUUAUGCUAAUUGACUAUAAUUGAUUGUUAAAACAAUCGAAAAAAAAUUAUUAAAAAUUUAUUUAUUAUAAAAAUAAACUCUUGCCAUCUAGGAUUAAAAAUGCUACGAACAAGAUGUUAAAAUCAUCAUAUAUUAUAAAAAAAAUCAAUUUAUCUCGUGAGAAUGAUUUUUAAAGAAUAAAAAAAUAAGCUGAAUGACAACAAUACAAUGCAAGAAAUAGAUUUUAAGUGUUAAUUAAGAUUUGUUAUUGAUAAUUAUUAAUCAAUUAAAAGUUGGUAUAGAAACAUAUACGUACGGAAUAAUAUUUUUAUUUGUAAAACUGAUGAAUGCUGUAUAAAUUAAGA